AUGUCUUUGAGGUUUGUGAAGGGAACAAUCUUCCUUUGUUUAUCUGGAGUUGGCAUUGUAGGGAACAUCUUUAGUUUUUUGGCUUACGUGCACAUGUUUAACAGUACCAAGAAGAAAUAUAUACACCUUCUAUUCAUCCACUUGGCUUUUACAAACAGCAUAAUGCUUCUUUUAAAAGUGACACCCAAAACACUCGCAUACUUUGGUGUGGAGAACUUCUUAGAGGAUGUAGGUUGUAUGAUUUUUAUUUACCUAGAGAGAGUGACUCGAGGAAUUUCCAUCUGCACCACCUGUCUCCUCACCCUGGUCCAGGCCAUCACCAUCAGUCCCAGAGACUCUGUGUGGAGAAAGCUGAAGCUUCAAUCUGGGAGGCACAUCUUUUCCUCAUUGCUGUUCUUUUGGAUACUCAAUUCCUCGAUAAGCAUGAACUUACUAUUCCACAUAAAAAAUAUCAGCAGUAUGAACACAUCACAAAUUACUCGAAGUGAGGGCUAUUGUUAUUUUCUACCAGGCAACUUGGUAAUGAGAUGGAUUUUUCUUGCCCUCAUGGUCUUGAGAGAUGCUGUGUUUCAGGGGAUCAUGGCUGUGGCCAGUGGCUACAUGGUAUUUCUUCUCCACCAGCACCACCAGCAUGUUCUCUACCUUCAGAGAUCCAAGUUUGCCUACAAAACUCGCCAUGAAAUGAAAGCUGUUCACAGUGUUCUCCUUCUCAUGCUUUGUUUUCUUUUCUUUUAUUGGACAGAGUGUGUUCUUUCUCUAUUUUUAAGUUUCUUCUUAGAGAGUUAUUUCAUGAUGGUAAAUAUUCAAGAGUUUCUGAGGGUUGGUUAUGCAAUUCUGAGUCCCUUUAUACUGAUUCCCAAAGAUAGAAAUGUGGCUCAAUGUUGGCAUUGA